AAGAUUAAUGUGUACCACUUUUCUAUUGAUAUUGAUCUAUCCUUCUAGUGGCAGUCACGAGUCACGACCGCGCCAGCGUGCUAGUACAAAACAGGCCGAAGGUCAAAGAAAGUGACCUAGUGGAAGUGGCUAGCUUCAUGCUAUGAAUUUGAUAUAUUGCACGUUUGCACUUCUAAAUGCUUCUGUAUAAGGGGAGAAAAUUUCCUCAUCUGGAACUCACAGAGAAGGCAAAAUGAAGUUAAAGAUUGCCACCACCAGAAGGCAAAAGCACAACCUGUGCUCCACCACGUCUCUGUCUGUUAUUGCCAUUACUGCUAAUAUGUCCUGCGAUGCAUCCCUGUUGCUGGAAACAGCAAACGGAAUUCAAUCGGGGCAGGAAUCUGAUAGGAGUUCUGGGAUGAGAAAUUUCGAGUAUGUCAGAACCAUCAAAGAGGCCCUGGAGAAAGAAUGCCCCAUGACGUUCAGAGGACCAUGCAUUGAAAUGAAAACUGGCCGGAGAGAUAGCCGGGAAAGUUACCUGACGGAGGUGAAAGCCUUCAUCCCCAAUCGCAUCGACUCAAUGCCAUCUGUACUUUCUACCUUUCAAUCCAUUAGUAUCGACAUUGAAGCAACUGUUGUCCUGUUAGGAGCACAUUCCCUGGGACAAGUCCAUUGUGUCAACUUAGUCCACAGGCUCUACCCCACUGUUGAUCCAACACUGGACCCUGAUUAUGCUGAGCACCUGAAGGGAAGGUGUCCUACGCCGGAUCCUGAACCAAAAGCGGUGCUGUACGCUAGGAACGACAGCGAAACGCCCAUGAUUCUUGACAACUUCUACCACAAACUCUCGUUGGAACACAAAGGACUGCUCUCAGUGGACCAGGCGUUGGCUUCUGAUCCACUUACGUUUCCUUUUGUGGAGAAGAUGGCCGCCGAUAAUGGGUAUUUCCAAGACCAAUUUGCCAGGGCCAUCCUCUUGUUGUAGAAAACAAUCCGCUCACCUGCGAUCAAGGAAAUAUUAGGAAGGAUUGUCGCUAUGUCAAUCAGUUGGAUUCCUAAUUAAGAAAACAAAAACAAACUACCUUGCCAUCAUGUUACGCAAUAAUUCUCCUGUUUUGGA